AUGCGCAGGAGCAGGCCGCGAAGCCGCUCAAGCCGCUGGCGCGGGACGGCGAUAUCGAGUGGAUCGGGGAGAUUGGCAAUAUCAGCAAGUCGUUGUAUAUGA